UUGGUAAAGCCUUACUCCUUGUGGAAGCUAAAUAGCGAUGAGCGUGGAUAAACAAUAUGGAUGGUGGUGGCAAGAAAAAAGAAGGGUGGCGCAGAGAAGGUUAGAGAGAAAAAACUGAAGAAACUCCAGAGCGAAGCAUCGAAAUGUCACAAGUUGACACAUGUUCGCAAGCAGCAGUCUGGCUCAAAGGCCACGCCGGCUAGCAACAGCCCAGCCCCCGGUGAUGAUGAGAGUGGGAGCAGCAGCGGCUCUCACGUGCAGCCGGUGCAGGGAGAGACAACAAACGAAGGAGAGGCUAAUGAUGAGCUGGUGGAAGUUCCACAGACAAGCGCAGGGCAAUUCAACGAUGACGAGGACCACAAUGAAGAAAUGCAAUCACCGGACUUUUUCCACGAUGUGGAAGACGACAGUGAGGAGCGUAACGAGAGUAUUUUACCAGAGGUGCCGAAUCUCUUCAAAUCUCAACCAGUUUCAGCAAUGAGACUUCGCAACAAGGACGAGACAAGGGGCAGCACGCCAUCCAUGCGGGUAAGCAAGGCAUGCUUGAAGAACGUUUUCACGGUAGUGCUCAUCUUCAUCUAUUUGCUGCUGACGGCCGUGGCCGCCUUCCUGGCAUACCAGACCAUCUCCGACUUCCUGGAGAAGGUCAACCAUCCCGUCAUGUCUGUCACCUACAAGGAGGUGGAUGCCUUCCUGCCGCCUGGUAUCGCUCUGUAUCCGGGGAACGCCCGACUGCUGAGCUGUCGGCACCACUUGCACGACGACAUCCCGCCCCUGGUGAACCCCGGCAAGCCUCAAGAGGGUGACUGUAUCAUCAAGGAGGUUACCUAUGAUGGGCCUUUCACCAACCGGACACAGAAGAAAGCGCUGGUGGUGCAAGGACCGUCGGACGUCCGUAACAAGGAGUUGAUUUUUAUGCAGUUCAGUCAGAAUGAAACGGAAGAAGACUUCAGUGCUAUCACGUACAUGCCAUUCGCCAAUUUCAGCGACCUGGAACACAGUUUAAAUAAAUCCAAGUUCAUGAGGGACUGUGAGAGGAACUACUCCACGUGGACCUUCUCUGGCGGCUUCCGCACGUGGGUUAAGAUGUCCUUGGUGAGGACAUCCGGGAAAAGCGACCAAUCAGUUGAGUUUCGCCAAGAAUCCACAGUGGUCAAAUUCAAUGACAAGAGGCCCGAACCAGAGAGAAGCAACCAGCUUUUCUUUGUAGUCUUUGAGUGGAGGGAUCCUUUUAUACAAGAAAUCCAACUGAUCGUGACAGCAAACCCGUGGUCGUCGGCAGCCAUUCUCUGCGGCGUCUUCAUGGCUCUCUUCAAGGCCGCCAACUUUGCCAAGCUGACCGUCCAGUGGAUCAUCAGAAUGCGAAAGCGUCACCUGAGAAACAAAGCACGCCAACUCAGCACCAUAAACUGAUUGCUAGGGAUACUUAUUAAGUCAUUGCCUGCAAUUGAGUUAAAAAAAAAAAAUAGGCCUGUCCAGACUGCAAAAGAGCCACUGGAAUCAAGAGCAGAGUUUCUUUUAGGCAUUUUAACAUUUCAAAAUUUUAACGGACUAUUUUAGGGCCUUGCCGUUAUCUUUACGGUCAAAACACUUGCUAUACAAACAUUCCUGCACACGUGUCUCAUGCACAUCAGUGAACAAGUACAAGACACUUAAAAGCUUUUAUGUACUGUAUGUUUUCAGAGAUCUUACUGUAUGUGUUUUAUAGUUAAUGUCAAACCUGUUGAACAUGUUAUAUUGCUGAUUAUUGUUUUUGUAUUGACUUAUUUAUAAUUUGGAUUUUAUCCUAAAUAUACAGUACUCAUCACCAAUUGUAAGCUUUAUAGGUAUAACGGGAUCAUUCACAUUUGUUUUAUUGUGUUUUGUAUUGUUCAAGACUUUGUUUGAUUGGAUGAUGAUUGUAUGUAGAUGAAGAAUCUUUUUAUGAGUUUAGACUUCAUUAUUUUGUAUUUUUCAUCUACUUCUAAACUGGGGUUAUGCUUAAACUUCCACAUUUAUUAUUGUGGUUCAAAUGAAAUUAUAUAUAAAUUAGGGCUGUCAAAAUUAUGGCGAUAACGGGUGGUAAUUAAUUUCUUUUAAAUUAAUCACGUUAAAAUAUUUGACACAUUUAACGCACGUGCCCUGCUCAAACAGAUUGAAAUGACAGCACAGUGUCAUGUCCAUUUGUUACUUGUGUUUUUUGGUGUUUUGUCGCCCUCUGCUGGCGCUUGGGUGUGACUGAUUUUAUGGGUUUCAUCACCAUAAACAUUGCGUAAUUAUUGACAUCAACAAUGGCGACCUACUAGUUUAUAUUUUGUUUGAAAAUUUUACAAAUUUUAUUAAAACGAAAACAUUAAGAGGGGUUUUAAUAUAAAAUUUAUAUAACUUGUGCUAACAUUUAUCUUUUAAGAACUACAGGUCUUUCUAUCCAUGAAUCGCUUUAACAGAAUGUUAAUAAUG